UGGGCUCCAAGCCCUCGCUGACUGACUCAAGCUACAAGCUCAGCAAGCUCAAGGAGAAAAAAAUAUCUGCAUCUCACGGCACCAAGCCCAGUCCGGCCGUCCAUUGCUAGCUGGAGAGGAAGGUUCGAUGGAGAACACGGUGUACACCGUGAAGGUGGGCGAGGGUACGCCGGCCGGCGGCGGCAGGCCCGCGGCCGGACCCGUCUACCGGAGCAUCUAUGCCAAGGACGGCCUCAUGCAGCUUCCGCAGGAAAUCCAUUCCCCAUGGGACUUCUUCAGUGGAGCAGUCAAGAAGUACCCCAAGAACAGAAUGCUAGGACGGCGUCAGGUUUCUGAUGGCAAGGCUGGUGACUAUGUGUGGCAAACUUAUGAACAAGUGUACCAGAAAGUCAUCCAGAUUGGGGCAGCUAUCAGAGGCUUCGGCGUUAAGCCCGGGGCUCACUGUGCCAUAUAUGGAUCCAACUGCCCAGAAUGGGUCAUGGCCAUGCAGGCUUGCAACAGCCAAGGAAUUUGUUAUGUACCACUGUAUGACACCCUUGGACAAAAUGCAGUUCAAUUCAUCUUGGACCAUGCUGAGAUCUCCAUAGCCUUUAUGCAGGAGAGCAAGAUAAAAUCAAUUGCCGCCAUACUCCCAAAGUGCACAGCCCACAUCAAAGCCAUUGUUAGUUUUGGAGAUGUGCCAAUUGAGCUGAAAAGGGAAGUUGAACAAUUAGGAGUAUCUUGCUUUUCUUGGGAAGAAUUUUCUACAAUGGGAGAAGAAAUUCAAGAACUUCCUAAGAAACAAAAGGACGACAUUUGUACAAUCAUGUAUACCAGUGGAACAACAGGAGAGCCAAAGGGUGUGAUAAUCACGAACAGGGCUAUCGUAGCUGGGGUUACAACCACAGAACACCUCCUCAAAUUGACAGAUAAAGUGGUGGAUGAAUAUGAUUCAUACUUUUCCUAUCUUCCAUUAGCUCACAUUUUCGAUCAAGUAAUCGGGAAUUACUGCAUCUCCAAAGGGGCUUCCAUUGGAUUCUGGCAAGGGGACAUUAGGUACCUGAUGGAGGAUGUGCAAGUGAUGAAACCAACAAUAUUCUGUGGUGUUCCCCGCGUUUAUGACCGUAUAUACACAGGUAUCAACCAAAAAAUUCAGUAUGGAGGGCUGAUAGCCAAGCACCUUUUUCAGUAUGCUUACAACUACAAACUCGGCAAUUUAAUGAAAGGGUUCAAACAGCAUGAAGCAUCGCCAUUUUUUGACAAAAUAGUCUUCAGCAAAAUAAAGGAAGGGCUUGGAGGCCGGAUACGUCUCAUGCUAUCAGGCGCGGCACCUUUGCCAAGACAUAUUGAAGAGUUCAUGCGAGUUACCAGCUGCAGUGUCCUCGCACAAGGAUAUGGGCUCACUGAGAGUUGUUCAGGAUGCUUUACAUCAAUCGCCAAUGUUAUCUCGAUGAUUGGGACGGUUGGCCCUCCCGUGACGGCGGUCGAGGCACGGUUGGAGUCUGUUCCUGAAAUGGGUUACGACGCGCUCUCCAGUGCACCGCGAGGCGAGAUCUGUUUGAGGGGGCAGACCUUGUUCUCCGGGUACUACAAGCGCCCUGACCUCACUGAAGAAGUGUUCUCAGAUGGGUGGUUCCAUACAGGCGAUAUCGGAGAGUGGCAGCCAGAUGGCACGAUGAAGAUCAUCGACAGAAAGAAGAACAUCUUCAAGCUGUCCCAGGGGGAAUAUGUAGCAGUGGAGGUCCUGGAAAGCGCAUACGCUCAAUCUCAACUCGUUGCAUCGGUUUGGGUCUACGGUAACAGCUUCGAGUCCUUCCUUGUUGCUGUGGUCGUCCCUGAGAAGCAAGCAAUUGAGGACUGGGCUGCACUUAACGGCAAGUCUGGUGACUACGCCGAGCUGUGCAGUGAUCCGAAGGCGAGGAGGUACAUCCAGGAUGAGCUGAACCAAACCGGCAAGAAACUCGGGUUGAGAGGAUUUGAGAUGCUGAGGGCCGUUCACCUGGAGCCAGUGCCAUUCAGCAUAGACAAGGACCUGAUCACUCCAACUUUCAAGCUCAAGAGGCCCCAGCUUCUUAAACAUUACAAGGAUCGCGUUGAUCAGCUGUACAAGGAUGCCAAGAUGGGAACUGCACAAUAGAAAACGAUGCUUAAAAUCAACCAGUGUAUACUAUGAUCAGCUUUCUGAAUGUUUCCUCAAGAGUCAAAACUAGUAUGAUACUAUGAUGUAGCAACGGUAAGUAAGUUGGUUACGGCUCGAGGCGGUGACACUUUGUACCACCACUACUGCAUACAUAUACUUGGUCUGUCAUUCAAGACCUGGAUAUCCCAGUGAUGUAAGUCUGUUGCGCUUUCCUUUUGGAACUUUAGUUUUACCAGUUUGUAGUUUGUGUUAUACCAGAUGAUUUAUCGAUAUGAAAUCGGAGGGGGCGGCCUCUGUUUCAUUCAAAAAAUAAAUUCAAGACCCGGAUCCAGCAUAAA